AUGGCCUCACCGGACACGAUCCUCUCCCCUCCAGAGGGGUACGUCUCGCCGUCCUUUCCCUGCCUGUACAACCCCCGAGCCGAAUUUACCCGUACCAACGCGAGCACGCUCGUCCCCGGCACAUGCUAUCUCUACUACUCGAACGACGUAUGGAGGUUCACGCUCUACUGGACCCUCAUCUGUUACGCCAUCACCUUCCUCCUCACAAGCACUUGGGCAUUCAUCGUGUUCAGCAAGAAGUCAGUCUUCCUAGCAGCGCUCAUCCCCCUCACGUAUGGAUUCCUGGCUGGCAUAUUCGCUCUGAUAGGGGCGAGCAUCAUUGGCUUUGUACUCUCGGCGGUGUACAGUGUGGGAUACUUUAGCAUGUCGACAUGGGUGCCCUUCCUUUGGGCUCUGACGCAGACAAUGGUUGCCAUCAUGGGAUCAUAUUCUACCGCCGUCUCGAUAAUGUGACCCUUCACGGCUUCCUCAUUGACUCUUCCAUUCUGCAAACUCUACAACAAACCAUCAUACCUCGACGUUUCGCACACAUGACUGAGUUGUGUAUAUUAUUUUUGCAUUAUUCUAUCC